GACCUUCAGGAGAGCGCACGGUUAGGACUUAGGAAGGAAACAAUUUAUAACCUAUCAAUUCAGUUUUUUCACUUCAACGAAACAGUCGAGAUUGCAAUUAGUUUUUAUUUACAAGAAUGAAGCCAACACCCCUGGUAGCCGACGAGAUGUUUCCCGAGGGAGCGGGCCGAUACCUGGCUUUCGAAAUAAUCUCGGAUAACAUGGAGGAAAUUGCUGGAGUAUCCGGACCCAUUAUGAUCGAUAUCGGUGGUGACGAAAAGGCAGUCCAUUCUGACUUUUUCAAUGAUUUUGAUGAUCUCUUCAACGACGAAGAUUUGAAUUAAAAUAAUAACUGAACCGAAAAGUUGUAAGCCAAUAUUCCGCAAAUCAAAUUUUGACUCUCUGUAUCCAAACAUUCAAUGGAAUAAAUAUUCAAGACAGUGUGAUAAUAAAGUAAUCAUCUUAUCUUAAUUUAAUUUGUAUAGAAACCUCUUAAAUAUACAUUGUAAAAAUUUCAUUAAUAAGUAUAUUUAAUAAAACAAAUGGAUAAACUAGAA